AUGAAGUUAUCCGCAACUUUCGGCCUCAUCCUCGGCUUAGCGAUCACAAACCAGACGACAUGUUCUCCAACAGACAUGCAAUGUGUUUGUACGGAUGAAGCGCUGAACAAUGCUAUUCAAGGCUGUGUUAUGACAAGCUGCACUGUAAAGGAAGGCCUCAAUAAUAACCGUUUACAAGCCGCCGUGAAUGUGACCUCAACAAGAUGUGGAGUCCCUGUGCGCGAUCGUGGCACUUCUCUCUUGGUCGUAGCCAUCUUAUCAGCCGUGGGCGCCAUUAUCGCUGUUACUAUUCGAACGACUGUUGGACUGGUGCAGAAAACAUUUGGUUUCGAUGACAUCUUUGCACUUCUUGCAGCCUUAUUCGGAGUUCCAGUUGCUAUCAUGCAAUGCAAUACGCCGGGGCUCGGGUUUGGACGAGAUACUUGGACGGUCAAGAUAGAGAACAUCUAUACUGUUCAGAAGAUGGUGUAUGCUUCUCAAUGUUGUUACUUUCUCUCUUCAGGAUUCACAAAGCUCACCUUCUUGGUUUUCUUUUUGCGAAUCUUUGCAGAUCAAAGGACCCAUCGUAUCUGUUAUGUCUUGAUAGGCUGCUCCGUCGCCUAUACCUUGGCCUUUGAAUUAACCAUGAUAUUCGCCUGUCGGCCCAUAUCUGCUGUCUGGACAGCCUGGGAUAUGGAGUCUAAGGUCGAUUAUUGUAUCGAUCAGCACACAUUCUAUUACGUUGCUGCUUCGUUCAAUAUAGCUAUCGACAUUGCCAUCAUCUUGAUCCCUAUUCCGGAAUUGAGGAAGCUCAAGCUGAGUUUGAAGAGGAAAUGCUUUCUUUUCUCUAUCUUUGGGGUAGGAGGGAUUACAAUCGUAGUCUCGUGUAUUCGUCUUGAAUCUCUUGCCCACUUCGCAACGUCAACGAACCCAAUGUACGACAAUCUGAUGAGCGCCGUCUUCUCCGUUCUAGAAGUCAAUGUCGGUAUUAUCUGCAUUUGCAUGCCCUCAUUCCGACGAUUCCUCGCCAGAAUCAUACCGGGAUGCUUUGGCACUACGCAAGCCGAUUCCGACGAGUCGGGCGAAACACCCAACGCCCGAGUCUCCAUCGCGAAAAGAAGUGGACCCAAGAAAAGACCUACCAUAUCCGGAAGCCUGUUCGAUACAGCUAUCAUGAAGACGGUGGAUACAAAGGUGGAGACUGUGAAGGGCAGUGAUGACGAGUUGAGGUUGGUCGAUAUAUCAAGAGAUGGAAAGAACAUGGCAUCGAGCACUACGGAGAGCGCGGAAGGAAAGUUCAGUAUGGCGACAGGGCGGAACAGGAGCCAGGAGACAUUUUCAGUUCCCUGAUCGCGAUGAUCCCGUAGUGGUCACUCGUUGCAGCGGUGGCUGCUCCAACCCUCGGCAUGCCGGACGAAACUUCGGCUUUGACUUCAAAUCAGGGCCGAGGUGCGGCUUCCAGAAACACUCUUCUCGUUCAUCAAACAGUAGAUAAGGCUGAAGAUAUCUCAGGUGCAUAGGUGAUCGAUUUCAGGCCGCUUGAUGAGCUCGGCAUGUAUAUGUGAUCCAUGAUCAGCGGCAUUGGGGUUUUUGCAUAGCAGGCGCGAAUAUUUCUAGUGCAUGGCUAACGUUGGGACUGUUGAUAUAAGCCUCAAUGUGGUUUGUGGACCUGGUUCCAAGGCAGGAGACUGUAUUGACUAUAUUUCGAAUUGAUAUGGCUUAG